AUGUCAUCGUCGACUAUUCCAAAUAUUGUAUUAGAAGCAAACAAUUUAAAUUACAUUGCGAUGAUGUUUAUUCGAUGUUUUUGUUUUGUAGUUAUACCUCUUGGUACUGUGGGACAUUUAAUGAGUAUUUAUGUAUUUACUCGUCCUACAUUACGAUCAAAUUCUUGUAGUAUGUAUUUUUUGGCAGCUAGUAUUGUUGGAUUAAUGCAUACAUGUUAUAUUUUACCUAUGAGAAUGAUUCAAUCUGCUUUUAUUGACACAGAUCCAGGAGCACAUUCAGUCAUAUUUUGCAAAAUAACAUGGCUUGCAUUAAAUUCAUUGAGAGGAUUGGGUUUUUGGUUAAUUGUUUUAGCAUGUGGUGAUCGGUAUUUAUGCAGUUCUGCCUCAACAAAUAAAAGAGCAUUGAGUAGUGUACAUGUAGCUCGUCGACUUAUUCCAGUUACUAUUCUUAUUGGCUUUAUUGCUUAUAUUCAUGUGCCUAUUUUUUUCAAAAUUGAUAUUAUACCAGCAACGCGAAAACCUAUUUGCUAUCCUCCAGGUCCUCCCGGAACUUAUCGUAUAGUUUUAUCUUAUUUUCACUUUAUUUAUUUUGGCUUAUCUCCAUCAUUUUGUAUGCUUAUAUUUGGUAUGCUGACAUUACGAAAUAUUGAACGAUCUAAACGACUUGCUAUGGCACCUUCAAUUAAUAUAGAAACAGCUGCUAAUCAAAAUCUUCGAAAGACCAAUCGGCAUAUGCUUCGAAUGUUAUUUGUUCAAGUAUUGGUUUAUUGUAUAACAGGAUUAACAUUUUCUGUUGCAUUAAUUUAUACAGCAAUAAUUGCUAAUCAACAAAAAAAUGUUUUUCAAUCAGCUCAAGAAAAUAUGAUCAAUGCAGUUGUUGGAAUGCUUUCAACGACAGGUCCUUGUUUAAGCUUCUAUUUAUUUACACUAUCAAGUGGCAUAUUUAGAAAAGAACUUAAAAAUCUCUUCUGCAAAUUUAAUCGAGUUACUAUUCAAACACAACAGGUUCCAACUCAACAGACUAACACAGAUCGUCAUACGUAA